CGCAUUUGCCAGCAUCCGGUAAACAUGGCGGUUUCGAUCCUCUGCUUACGAGUGCAGCUGAUGCGCGAAAGUAAUGAGAGACUUUUCGAUUCGUCCGACUCUUCCUCAUCGUCCCUGACCGCAAUGGGUGCUGCGGCGCCUCUCUUCUGACGAAGCAGUUUGUACAAUUCAAUGCAACCAUGUGCCGAGGAGGCAAGCUACUCUGUCUGGCAGCGACACGUAAAUCCGUCGUGUUGGGUUGUCGCAGCAGCUUGGCAGAUGGCUAUUUUAAGCGUUCGCUAACGUAGCCGCCCGCGUCAAGAUGUUUUCUCGACUUGCCACCGCAAUUUCUAAUGCGGUGGACGCGUUAGCUCCGCCGCUGCCAUUGCACGAGGAGUUCCUGUGGCACUGGACAGCGAUAAUGAAGUUCUACACCGACCGCAACUCGAACAGCAAGAAACCCAUCGAGCUCACAGGUUUGGCCGGACGCCUCGAAGAAAUGUCCAAGAUUUUAGAACAGGAGGAAGCCGAGCUGGGAAGCGACAACAUGGGGCCAUGUAUGGAAUACUUCUUGCAGCACAAAAUGCUCGAACAGAUGAGCGCCCUGUCGAGAGCGGACACUCCCCCUGGGAUCAAAAAGUGCGUUCUUGUGUUCACCACACGGCUACUGUCCAGCAGUAAACAAGUGUUGCUGCCACAGAUGGGGAUAUACACUGCCGUCCAAAAGCUCAUUGGCCUUUGUGGCGAGGUUCUGGCUGCGCCGACGGAACGGGAAGAGGCUGGCUUUCUUAACGUCAUCUGCCAAAAAAUCCGAGCCGACCCGAGCAUCCUUACCUGCUUCUUACCAAGACUGCUGGAAGAGAGGCAUUGCACGUCCAUUGUAAAUGGAAAGCAACCUGAUGGAGGCUGCGGUGACACCUCUGCAGUGUCGUUUCCCUUACUUCGGGCCUGCCUUACCCUUAUGGAGAGUGCAGACUCUGACGUUUCUACGCUCGCAGCAGAGUGCCUUAUAUUGUGCAUGUCUAACCUAGGCGAUGAUGUUGCACACUACGUAAUUGCCAAGUCUAACAUGUGUUCCAGCGUAGUUCAUCACCUAGUCAAGCUCUACUGUGCCAUUCCUCGCACACUGAAAGCUGCUGACAUUGACGAAGCAGUGACUUCUUGGUGUGCUGACACUGUUGCUUCCUGUGGUUCAACGGAACACCAAGUUAUUGCCCCUGGAAAGCGGAAACUUCUCUGUUUCUUUAAGUGGCUAGGCUUCACGGACACCUUGGUUGAACUGUCAAAUGCCCUCAUAGGUGCCGAGCUAGGCAAGACGUUCUUAGACGACUUCCUGCAGGGUCCUCUCCUUGAUGACUUCACUAAAGCCGAGUCUGAAGAAAGCUUCCGUUUCAUCACUUCGCUAGUCACUACUUGCUUGCGCAAUCUUACUUCAAAAGACUUAGUUGUCAUUGUGGGAAGCUUUUUGUUAGGUGACCAGAAAGGGUCCAGUGCUUCACCAAAGGACAUGCUGUUAGAGCGUGGCCGCGAUCCUAACGCUUCUCCCCAGCUUGUGCUCACUACACUUCAGGCCUUUGAAGAGCUAUUGCAAAGGCCUUCAAAGGAAAUUCUAGAUAUCUUGCUGCUUAGCCACCUUGUUGGCCGCAACUACCAAAAUGACGCUGCUGCUGAAGUUUUUGAUUUCAGUGAUGACGAUGAGGAGGGAUUGUGCAAUCGAGCGGGCAAGGCAAACAUGAGCGAUUUCGAAAUCUCGCCCGGAUCAUCACCAGUUAGCCGCACAUUUGCACCUGCGCAAAUUCAUCGCAUUCUCAACUGCUUUCUAAUGCUCUUGCCCGAUGAAAUAAAGUCAUGCGAGGAGACUGACUCCGGCUACGACGCAUACAUUUCCGAUGCACACCGGCAGUAUCAGGACAUGCUCGCAGUCACCGACGGUUGGGAGUGGCCCAGUGAACCCGUGAGAGAGGAACAACCAAGUACUGAGGACGACCAGAGUUCAGAUUCACAGCCCGAGGCUGACAGCCUUCACCAUGGCUUCUACGAAGGCCCCUUCCUGUCCAUGCUGCUGGACCGUAUCGAAAACAUGCACAGACAGCCGUACGACGUGAACCUGCUGGUAACCUCUCUCAUUUCGCGGCUUGCACUGUUUGCCCACCCGAACCUUCACGAGUACCUGUUGAACCCACUGCUGCCUUUGGCCCCUGGAGCGAGAUCACUGUUCAGCGCCCUCCUCAAGGUUGUGGAAGAGAUUCAGGUGGCAGUUCAUGGCAUGGAACACCUCAAGCGCAAGCUCAUGCUGACACGCAAUGCACUUCUCAAUGACAGUGGAGACGACUGCACACUGGGAGAAGAAUCUGGUGUCUUGGAAGCCAUCAUCGUCCUUGAGGAGUUCUGCAAAGAGCUUGCAGCUGUGGCCUUUGUCAAGUACCAUGCGGCAGCUUAGGUGGCUGGACUGUAGCUUUUGCUCAGUGUAAAACAGAAAAAGAAUGCCAUGUGAAAAGACAAAGUGCACAAACUUCAAGGCUUACGUGUUGGUGAUUGAGACAUGGCUUAACCUUUGAUGGAUUGCUUCUGCGCAGUGCUCUCCUUUUUUUUUUUUUUUUUUAACUGGUGUUUCACCAGCCAAAGAAAGCUGUAGUGUAAGCAUUUACCAUUAAUUAGCUUGACUAUGUUCAUGACAACUUUGCUGCUGUCGUAAUGUUUUAAAUUCAUCACAACUGCAGCAUUACGAGCAUUAUUUUUCGAUGACUGCAGACACUGAUGUCAAUUUUAGCUUUUUAAAAGACUUUUGCAACAAGAAAAGAGACACCCUUGAGUGGUGCCUUCAGAACUUACAUACACAACAUAGUGAUGUAUUUCUCUACCAGAAAUAGCACUUUUCGUGCUUUUCACUUUAUUGCUUUGAGAUAUUGUUGCAUGGUGCAUUGUCUUUCGCACAAAAUGUACUGCAGUAUCUCGCCUGUACAUGACACUUGCAAGUGUACUUUAUUCAGGAAAGCGCACAGGGUUUUCAGUGGCAUUGCAGUAUUUGUACAUGUAUGACAGAACUGUUGCUGAAUGAACGAGUCUACUGCUGUAGACUAAGAAAACAAUUAUGUGUGUUAGCUCUGGCGAUCUCGAACUCUAGUGUGAAGUAUUUUCUUAGUGAUGCUAGAGAGAAUAAAAAUUAUAUUUGAAGGACAAGCAAGUGAAAAUGAAUGAUGCAUGUUGUGCUGAACAUUUUUAAGCGGUGUAACAGGGCAAACCACUGAUGCUGUAAAAUAAAGCAAAUGAGCCUGCUAAUUGUUGCAUUUUAGAACUGCUACUGUAAGCUGGAUGAUUUUAUGCAAUGUGAAAGAAAUCGUCGCCAAUCGACGUUUCUUUAUUUGCUUUGUAUUGCCGGCGAUUGCAGCUUGUAAAGUACCUUUCAUUCCGACAGGUGCCAUAGUUGGCAGCAUCAGUACAGUCGAAGAUGGAUCUAUCGAACUCGCAUAUAACGAAUUAUUGAGUAUACCGUGCAGUAAAAUCCCCUUGAAAAUGUUUGUAUAAAAUCUUUAUUUUAUAUAUCGAAUUGCCCAUAUAUAGAACUUUUUCGUGGUCCCCUUCAAGUUAGAUAUAUCUGGGUUCUACUGUAGUACAGAACGACGAGCACAACUGUCCCCUUGCUGAGGGUGGCACGGCUACCAUGAGCGAUAAUUAUGAGGGCUGAGUGUUACAAGCACACUGUGAAAGAUGGCACGCAACGUGUUCUGAGCGCAACAUUUAUUAAGGGCAAGAAAUGGGUAGACCACUAAUGGCCAAUGGGUACUGAAGCGACCACUGUAAAGCAAGAAAAUUGCUGUCUGCAAUGUUCUUUAUACUGCCAAUUUCGAUUAUAACAAAAGUCGCAGCCAACACAAAAAUAUCUUGUAUUCAAUGUUCGUUGUAAGCAUAUAUAUUUUACAUGCUAUGAGUGAGAAAGAUCUUAUAUUUCAUUCGUUGUAUCUAAUAAUUAUAUCUAUGGCUGUAAUAGCAGUUCUGAAACGCUGCUUGAAACUUUUCGUAUCAGUCAAAAGGAUUGACUGUUGCACUGCCAGUAAACAAGAAUAUGAAGCUUCAAUGUGUCGUCAACCCGCUAAACAAAUAUGCGAAACGACAAAUCCAACUGAAAAAGAUGUGCUGAUUGGAAACGUCGUUUUCGUUUACUGCACAUUGGCAUAGUAUCUGCUUUUUUUUGUGUGUGUGGUGCACAAGUCACACUUUAUAAUGUGGUUUUGUUGUCCAUAGGUGAUGUAAGGCCCUCACACAUUUAAAAAAAAUAAUUUUGUCUUGAUUCUGUUUUAUAACUGGUGUUCUGUGAGAGGCACCUUCAGGGUAGAAUUGGAACCGAAACUGACUGAUCAAGCAACGGGGUUGGCUGAAGUGCGAAGAAGCGGAGUCAGUUUGGGCAUGCCGUUCAAAUCAAAUCGCGGCAUAAUGAGCAACUGAAUUUCCCCGAGUGUCAUCCAUGCCAUGAGUAUUUCGAAGUAACAGAACACGAGGCAAGAGCAAAGCAAGCAUCAGGUGCACUUCGCUGUUGCCACUAUAAUUUAUUAUUGGUCUGUGCAAUGCCUCCCUGACCUCUUUUUAACUGUAGCAGUAAUUGCAACAAAUAAAAUGGAGACACAGUGGCAGAGACUACUUAACCAGAUCGAAGAAUGCAGUAGCAUGAACAAAUCUCACCACCAACUCUCUUUUUUUUGCCAACUUUUGCAGCUAUCACAAACUGCCCAAUUUUCUUGUGUUUGCUUACGAUUUUACUGCAACAGUGAAAAGCUAUUACUGAUAAGGGUUUGCUCUGUCUAUCCUUCCACUCCAUAAUGCCGCGGCAUGGCUGUCAUGCGGUAAUCAUGCAUCGUUAACACAUACGGGAUACAAAUACUAUGUGCAACUUUCUACCACGAUGACACUUGAUAGCUUGAGACUGAGUUUUCUGCAUCCCUUUCUUUAUGCUGCAGUGUACGUUGUCAUGCUGUCUUCAUGCCACUGUUAUCUUCAGGUUACUGACAUGCUGUCAACAUUGUGUUUGUCAUCGUGCUGUUCUCUCAUCAUUGUAGUCAUUGUUGCACUAUAGUUGUCAUGCUGCUAUGGUCUUCGCGAUACCACUGUUGCCAUCAUCGUGAUAGAGAGUAUUAGCUUGUCGAUAGGCAUAUAACUUUUACGGAUUACCAGAUCACUGGAGCGGUGGACUAUGGUUUCCUACAAAACUUAAAAAAAAAUGUGCUGUGUACACUAGCGGAAAUGCUGGUAGUGACAUCUCAUGGCGCUUUGUCCUACCACAAUCAUGAGUGUUCUUGUCAAAUGAAACUGAUAGAAAAUUGGCGGCGUGUUAACCAUUACAUGACUGCCGACCGUUUACACUAGGAGCUAAGUAGAGUAUGGAGAGUCGCUUCAAAACGCCUUGAGGGUAGGAAAAGUGCACGUUUUGUAGCAUGUGCCACUUGUGACAUUAACAUUGCCUUUGCUGGUUAAUAUAAAAUAUUGCAGCAUUUUAAUGGGAAGAAAAACAAGAAUGUGUCUGACGUGGUCGACAGCAACAAAGAGCGUGUAUAAUUAUUAUUCAUCUUCGGCAGGUCAUUCAGGAACUAGAGACAUGUGGCUGUUCAUAACGUUCCUUAAACAAGGUUUGUGCAUGAAAACAAGGAGGGGGAUUUGCAGUAGUAGGACCUACUGUAUUUCUUGCCUAAUUUUCAAAUUUUCUGGCUUCAACUCUAGUGUUCUAUUAGUUCAAGGUUCACAGGUCUGCACACGUAUAUGUAGUAUGCUGAAAAAUUUCGUCCGUGACGAAAAACAAUUAUCUGGAACAGCCUGUAGAGUACGCUUCACUCGUACAUUAUCAUACUUGAUCUUAGCAGCUUGCUUGAAUGCAUACUUCAUUACCCACUCUGAUUUAUAGCACUUCAAGCAAACCUUUUUUUAAGGAAUAAGAAUAGAUCUGUUAAUGCAAGUACAAUAAGUACUUAUUUAUAAAAUGACUGCCUAUCUCACAUCUAGAAAUGAACAUCGACAUAGAAUGCAUUUAUUACAGGAACAGUGUAUGCUGAUUCUCUUCAUUGCCAAUGCCAUCUUCCUCACUGCAACAGAAUACUGUUGCAGUGAAUACAACAUAGUGAAAGAAUGUGAUCCUUUUGCUAUGUCUAGCAAGAUUAUUUCUUUCUUCCUCAUCAUCAUCAUUACUAUUUUUAUCGCUACCACUAUGCAAUGGCAGAUUAGUCACUGCUGCACUUGUCUUUAGAAACCUUCUGUCGGACUUUUACAAACCUUAGCAAGGGCGGUUUCUCGAGCAAUUACUUUUGCAAGCCUUCGUGUGACUCAGCACUGAACAGGUCAAUGUAUAAGCCCAACAGCAUCCCUGGCACAGUGCAAGGAUAGCACGUCUGGCAUAGUGCCAGGAACAUUGUCGGCUUUAUAUGCCGACAGGGUGCUGAGUAACGCCAAAGUGAUAGCUAGAGGACUUAUCUAAAGACGUGCUACGGCACUAGUCAGUUCGCAGCCUAGUUGGCAGAGUGCUUGUCUAGGAAUCGAGAGGUUUCUUGUUUGAUUCCUGAAUCAAUCAGCAGCACAGAAUUGUCCUCACUUUUUUUCACCCACAUGUCCAGCGCAAGAAGACGGCAAUCACCCACAGUGUCCAGCGUAUACCAGUCAGCUUCGUCAGCUCUGUUAUGAAGCUGGCAAUCUCAACAUUCUCAAACUACAAGGAAUACACUGGUGCCAAACAAGGAUGGAAACACUGUGG